UGUCAUUUGAUUUUACGAAGACGACGACUUUACUUGGAGAUUGAGUGAGAGAGGGAAGAGAGCGGGAGAGAUGGUCAAUCGGGCGGCCUGAGGCUCCGAUUUCUCGGAAAAUCUUCCUCUGAUUACUCCAAAGUUCCGGCUGCCGGCGGAAUGUUUAGAUUUUUCCGGCAAAAAUCUCUCAAAAAUUGGCCAAUUUAAUCUUUGUUUUUGAAGAUCGUGGCAGAAGAAGAGCAUCCCAUUUUUGCCCAGUUCACGGGGUUCUUUAAUCAUCUCCGUGGCUCUCUCUAAACGAUUGAUUUCGGAAAAAGGUCUUUGAGAUCUUCCUUGAGUAAUUCAUUGAUUUUGGGCACGAGCGGUUUUUGGGAGUCCGAUGAUCUACCGGAAGCUGGUCGAUCUUCUGUGCUAAAACCUUUGUAUAAAUGGAAAGUUUCCUGCUAGUUGUUUGAGCGAGGAGAUGUUCAAUUUGUUCGAUUAACAUCCGAUAGUGUGCUAAUCUCCAUUGACAAUUGAAGGAAUCCCUAAGCUUUUUCCUUCCCUUGCAAUCAUUGACUUAACUGAUUCAUGAUCCUUUGGUCUUUUCAGAACUUUGGGGGCUUCCUCUUAGUUAAUGAUUUGAGUUUUAACUGACAGGUUCCUUUCGUUGUUGGAUUCGAUUCGAUUCGAUUCGAUUCAAUUCAAUUCAUGGGUCUCAUUUCUUAAUUUGAUAUGUUGGGGACUCAAUGGAUCCAUCAAGUUUCCUAAAUUAGUGGUCACUGACUGCAACAGGAAAGUUGCAAACAUCCUACAAUCCCUUUUCUCUCCCCCAUCAAAAUCCUUCCUUUCCACUCGGGUUUUCGAGAAAAAUGGCGGUUUCCUUCAGCCGGUUCUCGAUGUGGACGUGGGGUGCUAAAGAGAAAGAGCCGGUUUCAAAUGGCCCUUCAUCCACAGGUUUAACCAAUGAGUUUGGCUUCGGGUUCAGGGAACCCGAGAACUUGAAGUUCCCUUUUGUGAAGGGGAAGAAGAUAGCUUCCUCGUCAAGGAAGGUGAAGCGGAAGUGGCAGAGUCGGGAACAGAGGAGGAACAUUGAUAGGGAAUUUGAUAUCGUGUUAGUGCCGUCUGAUGGAGUUUGUUUGUCGGGUUCCGACGAGUCUGAGGACUCUGAUUGGUCGAUCGGGUGGUUGGAGCCUCCUGGCACAGAGUUUCUGAGCGAUGAUGAGGGUGAAGAUAAUAGCUUUGCUGUGCUUGUUCCUUGCUACAGACCUGGCAGCAAAGAACUGGUGGAGGACUCAAGUAAGCAGUUAUUGAGCGUCAUUAAGAAUCUUCCCGAUGAGUUUGAUGCUGAGGGCAACAAUUACAUCGAGCAAUGGCUGUCUUCUCUCCAGAACUGCUGAAACAUGAAGCUGCAAGCUCUUGCCCAAGUCGCUAUUCCCCGAAUCACCUUCUUCACUUCUCAACCAUUUCGAAUAAGAGGGUUAGUGCGCUCUCAAAUGAAGAAAUAAUCAAGAAAAGCUGAGAAGAAGUUCAAGAUCACCAGUUGGGUCCACAUUCUACACGAGUUUUGGGAGCAUUAACAUCAACUUAGAUUUUGCUCGACGUCACUGAUCUUAAUAUAGCGGAAUCCCUUGUACUGGGUAUGAUAUAUGGGUCAGUAUGCUUGUGAAUAUGACUCUAUAAAUAGGCGUAUAUGACUAUAAUAUGCUAAGGUUUGGCUUCUUUCUGGUGUAAAUUAUUUCGCUGUCUGUUCCGAAAUUCCGAAACCUUUGAACCUGUGAAAUGUAAUCCUCUAUCGUCUGUUAAUAUAGUAUAUCGUUCCACCCAACUAA